AUGUUUAUUUCUGCAUCUUCGAUCGGACAAGGUGAAAUUUUGGCUGAGCUGUGCGUACUCACUGUUUGCGUAGUAGAAAGACAUUUCUCCUACUUCUUUAUAAGGAAGAAGGAAGUAGCAGUAUCUGUGGAUACAAUGCCCAAUUUUGUUUAUUUGACUCGGUUCAGGAAUUUGAUUCUUUCUUUCUUCGUUUAUUCCUGUGCUAUAUUUCCCCAGAGACGUUUCUUUGGAGCUAGUUCACUAUUUUAUUUCCAUUAUUUUUUCUUCUUCUUCUUCUUCUUCUUCUUCUUCUUCUUCUUCUCCUCCUCCUCUUUCUCUCUUUUAUUCAUUUCUCUAUUCAUCCUCUUUUCCUUCCUUCUUUCUCUUUCUCUGUUUAUUUCUCGCUCUUUCCUUCCUUCCUUCUUUCUUUUCUUUCAUUCAUUUCUUCCUUUUUCCUUCCACAUUUUUAUAGAUUUCUUUUCCUCGGUUAAAUUCUCUCUCUCUCUUUUUAAAUUUUCCUCGUUUCUUAUUCUUCUUUUAAUUUUUGGACAUUCUUUCUUUCUUUCUCUCCCUAUCAUUUCUCCCUCUUUCUUUUUUCUUUCUUUAUAUAUCUCCAUUUUUCUCUCUCUCUCUUUCUCUCACUUUCUCACUCAGUUUCUUUAUUUCUUUUUCUCUUUUUCUCUUUCUCUUUCUUUCACUCUCUUUCUAUCCCCUUUCUCCCUUUCUCUCUCUCUCCCAUUCCUUUCUCUCUUUUUCCCUCCCCUUUCUUUCUCUCUCCCCAAUUCUUGUUCUACCUUUCCUUCUCUCCUUUUCUCUCUUUCUCCCUCUCUUUCUCAUUUUUCACUCUCUCUUUCUCUCUCUCUCUCUCCAUUAUCGACUCUCUCUCUCUCUGUCUCUCUUUCUCUCUCUCUCUCUCUCGUACUUGAAAUAUUUCAGUCUAACACCAUGCAAAUAUCCAUAUCCGUUUUUCUUUCACUUGAAAAGAUUCUUGACAUUUAUAACAUUUGGGGAAACGAUUUCUCAUUUCAAGUCUGCUUGUUUUAUUAUCGCUUUCUGCUGUGA